AUGGCUUCUGCAAACAACAUCCCAGACCGACACAGCGGCGAUGCCGACGGAAUGAGUAGAGAGACUUCCGCCGCUGAUGCCCCUGGGCCGUUGACUCAUUUUCAUCCAUUCCGCAAGUUACCACCCGAGCUCCGUUAUAAGAUCUGGAGGAUGGCUAUCUGGACGGAAAAGACACCAAAGAUCCAUUACUACUCGUUAUAUAAUGAGGAAGACGGAGGCCACCGGGAGAGCUCCCUACCGUGGCUGAUCGACAGCUUCAUGCAGCCGGGAUCGAAAGACUGGGUGUGCAAGCCUGUUGCCCGUCAUCCACUACGGUCCAAGCCGCAGCAGUGUUCCUGGACCGAAUAUAAUCGUGUCCUAUGCUACUGGAAUGCUGGCCUCCGAACUGCGUGUUGGGAGUCUCGAACAAUUCUCGGACGCUACCACGGUCGCAGGCCAAGAAGGAAGGAUCCCUUCGCCUUCGUUAACAAGCGCCCGUCCAAGAGGAGGCCCUCCAAGAAGAAGAACAAGAACAAGAACAAGAAGUCUUCUUCAACCACGAAUCCUCGGAAGGUCGUCACCAUACGCGAAACAGGCAAAAAUAUCUACCUUGACUUCUCUAAGCGCGAUAUUGUAUGUUUCCGAUUCCCACCCGACCAAAUGUCUCGCUGCGUCUUCCUUAAAUGGGAGGAACUACUUACCCGGCUCCCAUUCUAUCAUCUUCCACAGAAUUCAGACAUAAACAUUGCUUUCGAAUUCGAACACAGUUGGAACGAGGGCCUGGGAACAACUGCGCGUUCUAUUCGCAAAAACCUAGAGGAGGCUUCGGCAAGAGGUCUGGUCUUGAGAGCCUACUGGGCAUGGAGGGUGGGAAUCCUUCCACGAUGGACUCGGUUGUACCUUAUUGAUCGAGAAGAGGCACUCCCACCCAAAUAUCAGGUUGGGAGAAGUUACGAUUUACGGUACAUGCACAGUUUCGCGUACAGCAGGGAAUUCCCGUGCCAGUGCCGAGAAAGCCGUGUAUUUAUGGAUGGAGAGAGUGAAUAUGUGGAAAGCUAUUCAUGGGAUCGCGAAGGACAGAAUCGCCUCAAUUGCCAUGCGGACUCUGUGCCUGUGGCCGGGUUCAUCCGGACGGUGGACCGGUUCCAUCGCCCAUCCCCGGAUCAACUCUGCGAUAGUCGGGAUCUUCCCUUCUAUGGUGAGAUCUUUUUCAGGGUGUUGCGACCGGUCCCCAGGAUAGAGGAUAUUGGGUGA